AUGUCUUUCAGUCGACAGCACGGCCCCGAGGCCUCUAACCUCCCGUCAAUCUUUAUAGCUUCGGAUCCUCCAGAUCGAUAUCGUUCCCCCCCUCAAGUCAUGCCUUAUGAGCAGCAUUCAUCUUCUUCCACCACAAGCGCCAUGACGAUUCCGGGUGUUCAAAGAGUCGAAGAGGUCCCUCCACCGUUACCCCCGCCACAGUUCCCCUUUGGAAGGCCUCCUGGUUAUGACUACAAGGAGCCGCGACGAGAUUCGUUUAAUCCUUUUAGUAGCAGGGAACCUAGCCUCUUUGGGAGCGGAAGCUUUAGCAGCAUGGAUCGUGGACCCUUCUUGCGAGUGGAGAAAGACGAAGGAUAUGCGAGUCUGUCGUCCACAAGGUCCAAGGACUCUCUGCCUACCGGCUUUGGCGCCUGCCACAACCGAUUCCGAUUCCAAAGUAGCGCCGACGAUUACUGCGACAACAUGAAGAACAAGCUCAAUCCAAUUCGGACGUUCGACAAGUCCCCGACUUCGUCCAUCGGCCCGUCCUCCGCCCAGGAUCACUUCCCUUCUCGCCUCUCGCCCGAGGGCCGCUUACCUCCUUUGUCUGUGCCGGUCUCCCUCCCCUUCCGAACUUCCAUUCUCGAGGAACCAGAGCGCUUCACGCAGACCCCUCUCCAUUCGGCCGUGUCACCUCGCCUCGGUCCUUUCUCUCUCAGCAGCCGCGAUCCUCGAUCCCCUGGUGGGAAUUCGGAUGUGGAUUACUCGGUUCGGCGCCGUCGGUCCGGUAGGACAAAUAGCACUUCACUAGGUGAAGAUUCAGCAGCGUCCCCGAGGGGUGGUUAUGAACUACACAGCGCCGAUUCGGAGAUCGCCGAGACCUCGUCGAUGCGAAGGCUACAUCUGGAUGAAUCUAAGGAAUAUCAUGUAGCCGGGCUUAAGCGACGUGCGUCAUCGCCUCCCGGUGAUGACUCAAUGCUGCACUCUAUGGGUAGCCAAAGUGACCUACGACGCCGGGAGCCCUCUCGGGGCUCUCCUACCCCGAGGUUAGCUGUCCACCCGAAGGGCUCCGGAUCUUCAGUGUCCUCUGCCGGUCGGAGCGGCUCCUUUGCCUCGACAUUUUCCGUCGCUGCGCCAAGCAGUGCGACGAGCGUCAAUUCCUUCGGGCGCAGGUCUCCUGUUCACCUGUCGCCUGGUGGUGGCACUGAUGGAGGGCAAGGCUACGCCAUAAACCCAUCGCCGCGGGGCUCAAUUUCUCGGGGAACCCACCAACGAAAUAUUAGCGAGAGCAGGCAAACGGCUUCUCCCCGCAAGAUUACCGAGGUCUCCAAGCCCAAUGGACAGCGAAUGCAAGGCUUCAUGCUCAUGUGCGAAUGCUGUCCAAAGAAACCCAAGAAGUUCGAAACACUUGAAGAAUUAUGCGCACAUGAAGCCGAAAAGCAGUACGAAUGUCUGUAUUGUGGCAACCGCUUCAAGAACAAAAACGAGGCGGAGCGACACCAGAACAGCCUUCACGUUCGCCGUCACAGCUGGAGCUGCAAAGCGCUCACGAGCUACAGUCAAGCGUUCCACGAGAGCACUAACCGUCCAGGUGAGGCCGAUACGUGCGGUUAUUGUGGGCGAGAUUUCGAGCGCACCGGACCGGUGGCUGCGGGAGGGGUGGGACGCACAGCAUCGGACCAAGACUGGGAUGAGCGGAUCCAUCACCUCACAGCAGACCACAAAUUCAGGGAAUGCAACAGCAGCAAAAAAUUUUACCGGGCCGACCACUUCCGUCAACACUUGAAGCACAGCCACGCGGGAUCGAGCGGGAAAUGGACGAACAUGCUGGAAAACGCAUGCAUGAUGGAAGAGGACCCAACGCCCAAAUGA